CGCUUCGUGAGUUGAUGUAUCUCGAGACCUAUCAAACCAUCAUCUCACUCUCGAUAUGGCGACCUCACCAGCUCUGGAUGUGCCGCCGGAAGGUCCACCCUUCAAAAGAUUGAAGACCGGAUCGAACGGCGUCUCAACUGCUUCAUCUCCUGCCCCUUCGCACAUGGCCGAUCUGGCCGAGCAAGUGGACGCGCAGGAACGGCAGAAAUACAUCAAGGGACGUAAACUCGGCAGCGGUCAAUAUGCAGACGUCUACUCAGCCCACCUCGUCUCCGAUCCCACCCAGCUCGUGGCCAUUAAGAAGAUCAAGGUCGGCGCCGAGGCCAAAGAGUUCGGCAUCAGCUACGACAGUCUCCGCGAAAUCAAAUUCCUUCAGGAACUCGACCAUCCCAACAUCAUCAAACUCUACGCCGUCUUCAGCACCAAAAGUCAGAACUUGAACCUCGUUCUCGAGCAACUGCCUCAGGGCGACUUGCUCAAGCUGAUCCAGGACACCUCCAACAUCACCUACACCCCCGCCGACAUCAAGUCCUGGAUGCUCAUGCUCAUGCGCGCCACCCACUUCUGCCAUGCAAACUACGUCCUCCACCGUGAUAUCAAACCCAACAAUCUGCUCAUCGCCUCCGACGGCUCCAUCAAACUCGCCGAUUUCGGUCUGGCGAGGAGUUUCGCCGACCCCUUCCAGAAGAUGACCUACAACACCGUCACCAUCUGGUAUCGCCCACCGGAACUCUUCUUCCAGGCUCAGUAUUACGGCGGCAAGGUGGACGUGUGGAGUUGUGGCUGCGUCUUCGCCGAGCUGGUCGCCCGUGAUGUCAUGUUCCGCGCAUGGCCGGAGAAUGAGAUCAACAUGGUGAAGAUGAUCUGCGACAAGAUCGGCACUCCAACGGAGGAUAACUGGCCGGGAGUCUCGAAGAUGAAGGGAUAUGUAACGCCCACCGAGGUCGUGCCGUUGCGUCCAAAGGAGCAUUGGAUGGCGCAGUUCCGGGCAGUGGGCGAGACCGGUGUCGAUUUGUUGAUGAAGAUGCUGUUGCUCGAUCCUCGCAAGCGAUUGAGUGCAGAAGAGGUGCUCAAGCAUCCAUUCUGGACAGCCGAGCCGAGGCCUAGCAGACUCGAGGAUUUGCCCCGGAAAGGUGGUGGCAUGGAGGUGAUGGGCGAGGACUUGAAGCGGCGUGGUGGUGAGAUUCCGAACGGUGGAGGUGCUGGUGGGAGAGGCGACAAAGUGGCGAGGAAGAUUGACUUUGGUGCUAUGAAGUGAUGGCGGGAAUGAUACACCGAAGCUUUCACAUGCGUUGAGAAGAUUCUUCCGCAUGUGAGCUUCAUCUUCGUAUGUGCUCGCUCAUUACUUCUUCAACAAC